CGCAGCCUUGGAAAUUCAACGCGAAUGUGGUUGCAGUUUUCUGCAACCAUAUUUUUAAUGCUACGUCAAAUUAUAUCUCGGAACUCUGUGCGGUCAAGGUGGUGAUAUCUUUUCCAAACCUCCCGAGUCGCAGUGGAACCAGAACGCAGCACAACACGACGUAGUAAACAUGGCGACGUACUCGGUUGUCGGGUCCACCUCAUGUAACUAUAUUUAACUCGUUCAAAGUUGACGAAAAAUCGUCGGUUCUCUGUCGCAGGUGAUUAUACAUACACGAACACACAAUUGUGGACAAUAUAUUAAAUUUCUGUGAAUACGUUCUUCUAAAUAUUACACACUGUAGCUUUAAGUCAAACCAGAUUUAACGCAGACAUAUCCCGGGUGCGUUGAACUCGCUUCCGGCUCACUGAUGACGCGCAGAUCAGAUUGACUCCCAGGAUCCAGCAGGUGGCAGUGUCGGUCAACGAUCGUUCAACAGCUCUAAGUUGCCUCUCACAUGAUGAAGCAUCAUCAGCACUUAAAUGAAUAGGAAACGGAUGUGAGAGGCUGAGACCGGGGGGAGCAUUUUGGUCCUCUGAUCAAACACUUCGAUCCAGAUGCGCGGAUGAACGAGCCAAUCACAGCGGCCCCAGCAGCAGCAGCAGGGGGAGGAGCCCCCGGCGACUCAGCUCGGCGCAGCUACACACAAGUUGCAGAGCAUCUCUCAGUCCCCAGCCUGCGAGCAGUGACUUCACAGUCUCUCCAUCACCUGCCGCCACCACCUUCCCUUCACCUCAACUCACCUCAGCCUCCUCUGCUGUUCGAGCCACCUGCGUAACCAAGGUGCGUGUCGACGCGUUGAGAGAAAGAAAAAGAAGACAAGAUGCUGGCUUGUACGGAGCUGAUCACUAUGUGCCUGCAGUCCGCCAAACAGAAGCAUCUCCGGGCGCAGCAGCAGCAGCAGCAGCAGCCGCUUCACGGGGACGGGCAGGGGCUGACUAUCUUUCAUGAUAUUUUCCGCCGAGCAGACAAAAAUGAUGAUGGAAAGCUGUCAUUCGAAGAGUUCAACACUUACUUUGCGGAUGGGAUUCUGACCACCGAGGAGCUACAGGAGCUUUUCUUCUCCAUAGAUGGCCGACAAAAUAAUAAUCUGGAAACUGACAAGCUAUCAGAUUAUUUUUCUCAGCACCUGGGGGAGUAUCUCAAUGUCCUCUCAGCACUGGAGAGUCUGAACGUUGCCAUCUUAAAGGCAAUGGAUAAGACUAAAGAGGAGUACCAGGGUUCCAGUGUGCUGGGCCAGUUUGUCACCAGGUUCAUGCUCAGAGAGACGUCCGGUCAGCUCCUGUCUCUACAGAGGUCACUGCAGUGUGCCAUGGAGGCUGUGGGAGAACAGAGCAGCCCCGCUCCGUUAGUAUACGGCAAUAUGACACCGUCUGAACCCGGUGGAUUUAUGGCUGUUGCAGUGGCCUUUGGGUUCCAGGCUGUUCUCAGCAUGAGAACCUCCAAGCAAUGCGCUCCCUCUGCGCUGAGAGAGGCAGAGGCACCCGAGUUGACAGCGGUACAGAGGAAUGGCAGGCGAUGUGGUCGGAGGGUCCAUAACAACCUGUGCAUGUCCCCGUCAGACCCCUGCUCCCGCAUCUUGACCACAGGUGUGAGCAUGGAGGGUGGAGAGAACUGGUGCUCCCAAAUCAACAGGCUGCAGCAACUUUUGGAUAAACUGGACUGUCAGAGUCCCAAGUUGGAGCCUCUGAAAGAGGACACGCUGGCCAGCACGUACAAGUCUAACAUCCUGCUGGUUCACAGGCAGAUGGCCGUGACCGACAAAGAUCUGGACAACUUCCGCAAAGUUCUGCAGAGCUACGUCGAUGCCGCCACCGCCCACGCCGACAACCUGCAUGUGUCCGUUCAGAAGCUCCCGGGAAAGUCGUGUUACAUAAUGUAUGAGUUCUGGCAAGACCGCAUCUCCUGGAUGAGCUAUCUGCAGUCCAACAGCAGUAAAGACUUCCAGCGCUGCAUCAUUGACAUGUUAGAGGACGCUGAGGUCGUGUCUACUAUGUUGCUCCCAGCUUCAUGGUGGAUUAUGACCAACAACUAACGACUGAAUCCAGAGUGUCACAUCUUCUGCCUACACUAUUACAUGGACAACGACACAGAGGCGCUGCACGCACACACACACACACACACACACACAGUAGAAUUCAAAAGACGUCCACGUGUUUGAAAGCAACAGGAGACGGGGACGAUGGCGUCACCCAGCUUCCUCCAGCAGCAUCUUCUUUCUUGUUCCUCCGUCUUCGCCUGCUCAUUAUUGUGCCGCUUAAUAUCAAAAGUGAAACACCCUAUAGGCAAUCUAAAGACUUCAAAGUGACUGAUUCUCUGCAAUGCAAAAACCCCUUUUUCUUUUCUUUCUUUUUUUUACCCCCUAUUUAUGUUUGUACUCGUAACCCUCGCUUGUGUCCUCCUCCCUCCUCUCGCAGUGUUUGUCUCUUUAUUAUUCCGGUGGCAAACGACCAAGUAGACACUAGCACAGGCUGCUAGAGCAAAUCCGCAGCGGAAUGGGAAAUUACGAGUAAUCUUACAUUCGUGUUUUUGAGCUUUUUUAAUGAGUUGUUUACCAAUUGAACGGAAAAAAAAAGCAGAGGCACCGAGACGAUGGCGGGUUCCCGCAGCCUGAUCAUGCAUGCUGACGAAGCUUUCGGGAACAGCUCCUUUUGACCUCCUGCCUGCACAUGUUGUAUGAUAUUGUAGGACUGUUUCUCAUUUAGCUUCCUCGCCGUCACGUGCAAAGAAGGCCAUGCAAAGCCGUCGUCAGAAGAAGCUGUACGCCUGCCCUGACGUGGAUCUGCAAUACCGCAAAAGACACGGUCGCCACUUAUUAGUUACCCCCUCCUCAUUCUUGGGUAUGACCCACAUUCUUUGUCUCGAAUCUUAAAGUAUCUCUUAAUAUGUGUGUCAAAGGGAGUCGACGCUUUGUGAGGAGAUUUUUCUUCAUUGUGUCACGGCGUCAUGAAGACGAAAUGUAUUUCAUGUAUCAUGUAUUUAUUUGUGAUCAGGGCCGAGCUCAUUCCAUCUGCACACAUGGAAACUCAUCUAUUAAUAUUGCUGUCGUGCUUUGGUUCAACACCGUUCAUUGUAAACGGGAAAAAAAGCAACGUUAAUAAAUCGUCGAAGCUA